AAUCCAAGAGGGGAAGUCCACAAGAGCGGUGGCUCCCUACAAGGUCACAGAGCAAGCUGGUGUCAGAGCCUGGACCUACAGCGCUGUUGGUGGAGGUCCUGCCUCCAGGAAUAGAUGGACAUGGCCUGGCAGAUGAUGCAGCUGCUGCUUCUGGCUUUGGUGACUGCUGCGGGGAGUGCCCAGCCCAGGAGUGCGCGGGCCAGGACGGACCUGCUCAAUGUCUGCAUGAACGCCAAGCACCACAAGACACAGCCCAGCCCCGAGGAUGAGCUGUAUGGCCAGUGCAGUCCCUGGAAGAAGAAUGCCUGCUGCACGGCCAGCACCAGCCAGGAGCUGCACAAGGACACCUCCCGCCUGUACAACUUUAACUGGGAUCACUGUGGUAAGAUGGAACCCACCUGCAAGCACCACUUUAUCCAGGACGGCUGUCUCUAUGAGUGCUCACCCAACCUGGGGCCCUGGAUCCGGCAGGUCAACCAGAGCUGGCGCAAAGAGCGCAUUCUGAACGUGCCCCUGUGCAAAGAGGACUGUGAGCGCUGGUGGGAGGACUGUCGCACCUCCUACACCUGCAAAAGCAACUGGCACAAAGGCUGGAAUUGGACCUCAGGGAUUAAUGAGUGUCCGGCCGCGGCCCUCUGCAGCACCUUUGAGUCCUACUUCCCCACUCCAGCCGCCCUUUGUGAAGGCCUCUGGAGCCACUCCUUCAAGGUCAGCAACUAUAGUCGAGGGAGCGGCCGCUGCAUCCAGAUGUGGUUUGACUCAGCCCAGGGCAACCCCAAUGAGGAGGUGGCCAAGUUCUAUGCUGCGGCCAUGAAUGCUGGGGCCCCGUCUCGUGGGAUUAUUGGUUCCUGAUCCAAGAAGGGUCCUCUGGGGUUCUUCCAACAACCUAUUCUAAUAGACAAAUCCACAUGUG